AUGGCCGCUGGGUGGAAUGCCCGGCUAAUAGUCGAGACGUGGGCCCGAGGCAGGCCCAUGGCAACCAGCAUCGGGCUUAAAGUUGCUGCAGCCCACACGGGCGCAAAACACGUUUGCUUAGUCAAUGACGAGGCGUCCAGGUCAGCAUAUGCGGAGUCCAUGAGAGGCCACGGGCUGCCAGCUGGCGAAGUGGUGGUGGGCCCCACGGAAAGUGCCGUGGGAGAAUUGGAAGGGAUCGACUUCUUGGUGGCGGACUGCGCGCGGGACGACCUUGCGGGGAUUUUGCGGGCUGCUAGGUUGUGUGAGAGAGGGGCAGUGCUCGUGUGCAAGAACGCCAGCUGGCGGGCAGACUCGGAGUCCAGGUGGCGGGAGGCGAUUGGUGGGGAGAUGAGGAGGAGGAUCGUGAGGUCGGUUUUUUUGCCAGUCGGGAAAGGUUUGGAUAUUGCGCACGUUGGGGCCACGGGUGGUAGUGGGGAGAAGAGGAAGAGCAGAUGGGUCAAACAUGUUGACCAGCGGUCGGGAGAGGAGUUUGUGUUCAGGAAAUGCUGA